AUGGAUUCACCGGAGAAACUGGAGAAGAACAAUUUAGUGGGCACCAACAAAAGCGGGCUUGGUGUGUGCGGCUGGAUUCUGUGCUUUCUCUCCUUCCUGCUGAUGCUCAUAACCUUCCCAAUCUCAAUAUGGAUGUGCUUGAAGAUCAUUAAGGAGUAUGAGCGCGCUGUUAUCUUCAGACUGGGACGCAUCCAAGCUGACAAAGCCAAGGGCCCAGGUUUGAUCCUGGUCCUGCCUUGCAUUGAUGUGUUUGUCAAAGUUGAUCUUCGAACGGUUACUUGCAACAUUCCUCCACAAGAGAUCCUCACGAGAGACUCUGUGACCACCCAAGUGGAUGGAGUUGUCUAUUACAGGAUCUACAGCGCUGUCUCAGCUGUGGCCAAUGUGAACGAUGUUCACCAGGCCACGUUUCUGCUGGCUCAGACCACUCUGAGAAAUGUCUUAGGGACACAGACCUUGUCCCAGAUCUUGUCUGGACGAGAAGAGAUUGCACAUAGCAUCCAGACCUUGCUUGAUGAUGCCACUGAGCUAUGGGGAAUCCGAGUGGCCCGGGUGGAAAUCAAAGAUGUCCGGAUUCCUGUGCAGUUGCAGAGGUCUAUGGCGGCUGAGGCCGAGGCCACCCGGGAAGCCAGAGCCAAGGUCCUUGCAGCAGAGGGAGAAAUGAACGCUUCCAAGUCUCUGAAGUCGGCUUCCAUGGUGCUGGCCGAGUCCCCCAUCGCCCUCCAGCUGCGGUACCUGCAGACCUUGACCACGGUGGCCACAGAGAAGAACUCCACCAUUGUGUUUCCCCUGCCUAUGAACAUACUUGAGGGCAUUGGUGGCAUCAGCUAUGACAACAAUAAGGGCACUGCUAAAGCCUGA